AUGAUAUAUCAAAAGAACGAGCGCAAAAGUAAUAACAGCAGUUGGAGAACAGAACACUUUGAAGUUAAUGUUGGAUUACACCAGUGGUCAGCAUUAAUUCCAUUUUUGUUUGUGCUGGUCAUGGAUGCUUUAAGGGAAGAGAUCGGGAAUGAAGAGCUGUGGGAGUUGUUGUGCGCCGAUGAUCUGGUGAUUACUGCCAAAAAUGAGGGAGAACCUACAGAAAAGGUUUGGAGAGUGGCAGGAGUCCUUAGUGAGAGGGACUUAAAGGUGAAUGCGGAUAAAACAGAGGUUUUGGUGAGCAGUAGGAAAGACGGAGGCAGAAUAGUAAUGCAAGAAGAAGAUACUCGAUUAUAA